CGGACCCGGGCGAUGGAGUUCCUCCAGUGGGCUCAUCUUCUCUGCUUGAUACUGGUGCAUUGGGACCAUUAUGUCCUGGGUGUUAAUCAGAAUCAAAUUCCACCAGAGAAGCUUCUUGUUCUCACUGUGGCCACAAAAGAGACCGACGGCUUCGUGCGCUUCAUGCAGUCAGCAAAUUACUUCAACUACACUGUGAAGGUGCUGGGGAUGGGCGAAGUCUGGAGGGGGGGUCACGUGGGUCACUCCAUUGGCGGCGGCCAGAAGGUCAGAUUGCUCAAAGAGGCCAUGGAGACUCUGGCAGACCAGGAGGACUUGGUGGUCCUCUGUGUGGACAGCUAUGACCUUAUCUUUGCAGGAGGGCCAGAGGAGAUUUUGAGGAAGUUUCAGCAGUCCCAUCAUAAGGUGUUGUUUGGCGCGGAGGGUGUGAUCUGGCCGGAUGCACACCUGGUGGACCGCUACCCCCAUGUUCGCAGCGGGAAACGCUUCCUCAACUCUGGAGGUUUCAUGGGCUAUGCGCCCAACAUAAACAUGAUGGUGAGGCAGUGGGACCUUCAUGACAACGACGAUGACCAGCUCUUCUACACCAAGAUCUACCUGAAUGCCCUGCAGAGGGAGACCCUUAAUAUGUCUCUGGAUCACAAAUGCCAGAUAUUCCAGAAUCUGAAUGGCGCAGUGGAUGAAGUUUUGCUGAAGUUUGGCACAGAGAGAGUUCGAGUCAGAAACACCGUCUUUGACAGUCUCCCUGUCAUCGUCCAUGGCAACAUAAACACCAAAAUUUAUUUGAACUACUUGGCCAACUACAUCCCGAAUGCCUGGAACUAUGAGCAUGGCUGCAUCGUUUGUGACCGGGAUACUGUGGACUUGUCUCUACUCGCAGAAUAUCCACGUGUGAGGGUGGGUGUGUUUAUUGAGCAGCCCACUCCCUUUCUGCCUGAGUUUCUUCAACGGCUCCUGACGCUGGAUUAUCCCAAAGAUAAACUGGACGUGUUCUUUCACAACAGCGAGGUUUACCAUGAGAAGCACUUGCAGGCAUUCUGGCAGGAGAACAAGGACGUGUUUAGGAGCUUUAAGGUCGUUGGCCCCGAGGAACCUCUGAGCCAGGGAGAGGCGAGGAACCUCGGCAUGGACCUGUGCCGGAAGGAUCCUGCAUGCCGUUAUUACUUCAGUAUCGAUGCCGACGUCAUGCUCACCAACAGACAGACACUAAAGCUUCUAAUAGGUCAGAACAGAAAAAUCAUUGGGCCCCUCGUCACACGUCACGGCAAGUUGUGGUCCAACUUCUGGGGAGGCUUGAGUCUGGACGGCUACUACGCACGCUCCGAGGAUUACAUCGACAUCGUACAGGGCAAGCGGGUCGGUGUCUGGAAUAUUCCCUACAUGGCUCACGUGUACCUGGUGAAAGGCGACAUUUUGAGGAGUGAACUGAAAGAGAAGAAUGUGUUUGUCCUGGAGAAGCUGGACCCUGACAUGGCGCUGUGCAGAAAUGCCAGAGAGAGGACAAUACACAGAGAGAAAGAUUCUCCUUCUCCGGAGUCAUUCCAUAUGCUCAGGCCCCCAAAGGGUGUUUUCAUGUAUAUUACCAAUCGUCAUGAGUUUGGAAGACUUCUAUCAACAGCCAACUACAACACCUCCCACUUUCACAACGACUUGUGGCAGAUAUUUGAGAACCCAUUGGACUGGAAGGAGAAGUACAUCCAUCCCAACUACACUCAGAUAUUUAGUGAGAACCAUGUGGAACAGCCAUGUCCAGAUGUGUUCUGGUUCCCCGUGUUGACUGAACAGGCCUGUGAUGAGCUUGUGGAGGAGAUGGAGAACUAUGGAUCGUGGUCUGGUGGAAAACAUGAGGACAGACGCAUCACCGGAGGCUACGAGACCGUGCCCACUGACGACAUCCACAUGAAGCAGAUCGAUUACGACAAGGAAUGGCUGCAUUUCCUCCGGGAGUUCAUCUCGCCUGUCACGCUGAAGGUCUUCUCCGGAUAUUACACCAAGGGCUAUGCCAUCAUGAACUUCGUGGUGAAGUACACUCCUUCCAGACAAGCAUACCUGAGACCUCACCACGACUCCUCCACCUUCACUAUUAACAUCGCGCUCAACCAUAAAGGCAUGGAUUUCCAGGGAGGAGGCUGUCGGUUCCACAGGUAUAACUGUUCUAUCGAGUCUCCCAGGAAAGGCUGGAGCUUUAUGCAUCCAGGCAGACUAACACACCUCCAUGAAGGACUGCCCACCACCAAUGGCACGCGUUACAUUGCCGUGUCUUUUGUCGACCCAUAACUUUCCCAUCGCCGUUAGGAAAUGAUUCGGUUCUGUGCGCGUAUGCAAAUGUUGUUGUAUUUUUGUUUUUUGUUCUUUUUUUUUUUUACAUAAUUGUUUGUUGUUUUUAACUUUAUUGGUUUGUGGCCUCUGUGACAGUUACUACUGUGCUAAAAAAAAAACAGCAAGUUCAACAAACGGUCACAAUAUGUUUGUGGGAAGUUACAUUUCCACACUGAGAAAGGUCACACACAUACAGUCCUACAGACACACACACACAAACACACACACACACACACACACACACAAAGAGGAUUACAACAGUUCGCAUGUUUUGCUUUUAAAAACUGACACUGCAGGGAAAACAUCUUUUCUCCUUUAUUUUCAGCAGAAUCAGGUCAAAUCUAAAAGUGUCCUAACGGGAGUGCUGUGGACUCUCCACAGCCUUCAGGAGAGACAAUGCCAUCCUCUGUAGUGCACCGAGGUGCUGUUUCAGUUUACGGUUUUAUGGUUUUUAAGGUCAGUCUUUCAGUUGUUUUUUUCUUGACAAACAUGUUUUUGUUAUUAAUAUCCAAUCAAGAGAGAUGGUAAAUAUGUAUUUUUAUAUUUGCACAUCAAGAAAAGGAAAACGACAACAGGGUUUAAUUUAAAUUCUGGUUGAAUGGAGUUUGAUAAAUACUGACUUUUACUUGAAGGGUAGGUUUUCUGGAUGUAGAAUACAUUUUGGAUUGAGUUUGGACUGAGUCGAUCGAUUCACCAUUGAAAAUCCUUAUCUUUAGCUUCCUGGUGCCUAAAAACUGACCAAAGAUGUUUUUUCCUGUUAAACAGAAGGUUACGACAUGCUGGUAUUAUCUGGUCCUGACCCAAACCUUCUGGACAGGUCAUUUGUUAUGUAUGAAUGAAUCUUGAACUUCAUCCAGGUCCCCACUGUUUUAACUUAUUUUGAAACUGUUGAAAACUUAAUAAAAAUGAUUUUAAAGUGAA